AUGGGGUGCUUUAGAACCUUUAUAUUUGUAGUCAUUCUGAGUUUUGUGUACGGUUUGGAGACGAUCCAAAGAACGCCUAACUUCUACGUAGACUGGGAAAAUGACAGGUUUGUAAAGGACGGUAGCGGGUGGCAGUACGUGGCGGGAGGGUUUCACUACUUCAGAACUGUGCCGGAACAAUGGGCCCGGACCAUCUCCACUGCUAAAUCAGCAGGACUAAACACAAUACAGAGUUAUGUGACUUGGGACAAACAUGAACCUCAGAAAGGAAACUACGACUUUAGUGGAAGGAUGGAUAUUGUCAGGUUCAUAGAAGAAGUUCAGAAACAAGACAUGGCCCUAAUCCUGAGAGUAGGGCCCUACAUUUGUGCAGAAAAGAGUUUCGGAGGUCUGCCAGCCUGGCUUCUCACUGUCCCUCAUAUGGAGGUGAGAACCACGAACCCUGCCUUCAUGUCAGCAGUAAAGGAGUGGCUGGGGGUACUGUUAAAGAAGAUCCGUCCACUGCUGUAUAAUAAUGGGGGCCCCAUCAUCAUGGUGCAGAUAGAGAACGAAUACGGAAUAUUUGGGUGUGACGGAGAAUACCUCUCACAACUCUACGACAUGUUCUACUCUCAGCUGGGAGACGAGGUGGUCUACUUUACUACUGACGGACCAGGAGAUUACACUUGUGGAUCUUACAACAACACCAAGGUACUGACAACAAUAGACUACCUGGAGGAUAACGACAAGGGCCAGUUCACGGAGCAGUACUUCCAGGACCUCAGAGAGUUCCAGCCCCGGGGCCCUCUGGUUAACUCGGAGUAUUACACAGGAUGGCUCGACAAGUGGGGCUCCCCCCACAAGACUAGAUCGGCAGUGACUCUAAAAGAAGGAAUAAGGAAGCUGCUGUCACUUGACGCCAAUCUGGCGCUGUUCGUCUGGCACGGCGGCAGCAACUUCGGGCUGGAUGGCUCUGACUACACCGCCACCUCCACCUACGACUACGACGCUCCCAUUUCUGAGUCAGGUGACAUAAACCCAGACAAAUACUGGGCUGUAAGAGAUGCCAUCGACCAGUUCUUUCCCGGAAACCUACUUCCGGUUCCCGAAAACAUUCCAAAACUUAGCGGGAAAACUGUUCAUCUCGCCCAGAGAGGGAGUCUUAUUGACUUGGUGUCGAGUGAGAAUUUCAUUGUCUACAAUAGAUAUCCCUUGAAAAUGGAGGAAAUGGAUGAAUUUGAAGGAAUGAUAGGGUAUCAACACGAGUUAACAACCCCACUUGUUGACGCUCAGUUACAGCUACACGGUUUACAUGACAGGGCUUACGUUCUGGUGGACGGACAGUUCGUUCAGGUUGUGAGAAGAGAGGAAGAGACAAGUUUCCCAGUGACAGCUCGAUCUACCAUAACCAUACUGGUUGAGAACAUGGGAUACAUGGCCUGGCUCAGCCAAGGUCUUGGCGACUACUCAAAUGAAUACAAAGGUAUGAAGAAUGUGACAGUAAACGGAGAGAUUCUCGAAAAGUGGAAACAUUACAAAAUGGAAACCAGCCGAUUACGAACUACACGUGAUGCCCAUAUAAGGAGUGAUGAUAUCACCAGAAACCAUGACGUCACCGGUCCAGAAUAUCCCCAAAACAGUACUCAAGUACGACAUUGGUACAACGAGAAACCCUUGCUGAAUAAAGGACCAACUGCAUUUUCUGUUUUAAGGAGUUUAAAUUUUGCUAAGCUAUCCUGCCCUCACACUAAACAAUACAUCAGGCGAGUUAGAGCUUACACUAAACAAUACAUCAGGGGAGUUAGAGCUCACACUAAACAAUACAUCAGGGGAGUUAGAGCUCACACUAAACAAUACAUCAGGGGAGUUAGAGCUCACACUAAACACUACAUCAGGCGAGUUAGAGCUCACACUAAACACUACAUCAGGCGAGUUAGAGCUCACACUAAACAAUACAUCAGGGGAGUUAGAGCUCACACUAAACAAUACAUCAGGGGAGUUAGAGCUCACACUAAACAAUACAUCAGGCGAGUUAGAGCUCACACUAAACAAUACAUCAGGGGAGUUAGAGCUCACACUAAACAAUACAUCAGGGGAGUUAGAGCUCACACUAAACAAUACAUCAGGGGAGUUAGAGCUCACACUAAACAAUACAUCAGGCGAGUUAGAGCUCACACUAAACAAUACAUCAGGGGAGUUAGAGCUGACACUAAACAAUACAUCAGGGGAGUUAGAGCUCACACUAAACAAUACAUCAGGCGAGUUAGAGCUGACACUAAACAAUACAUCAGGGGAGUUAGAGCUCACACUAAACAAUACAUCAGGGGAGUUAGAGCUCACACUAAACAAUACAUCAGCGAGUUAGAGCUGACAUCUAGCGAGCUGCUGGACACGUUUGUGGACUCCAGUUGCUGGAGCAAGGGGUUCCUGGUUGUGAACGGGCACUUGGUGGGCAGAUACUGGCCGGAGGCUGGCCCACAGUACACCUUGUUUGUUCCAGGUGUAUUUCUAAGGGAGGGAGGCAAUACGUUUACAAUGGUGGAGCUACAGAGUGUCUGCCAGAAACUCACCCUCACCCUUACCAACGAACACAUUAUUGACGGGCCCGUUAACGGUGAUUUGAUUUAAUCAAAGAAGAUAAUUGUUGAUCAGGAAAAGUUCAGGAAGUUGAGAGGAAAGUUUGUCAUGAUUGACACUACUGAUAGAAGAUAGAAGAGUGAUAUUCGAACAAAGUUUGCAAAUACGGAUUUCAAAUGACACGAACAUUGAAAGUUACAUUCAUGAAGAUUGUCAGACGUCAAUGAAUGGAUUAACGAUUAAAAAUAUAAUGAUUCAGAAGU